CGCCCACGCCGCCAUGGGCAAGUCCAAGGAAAAGCGCGCAUCCAGGCCCGAGGCGCCCCGGAACAGCGCCCCGCCAGCCAAUUCCUUCAUCAAGCUCGACAAGGCGGCCUUCGACCCGACCCUCGCAUCGCUGUUUGCGACCAGUGCGGGCCCCGUGCAAGCGCCCCCCAAGUCACGGUACCAGGCACGCCUACAAAAACAAACAGCCGAAGAAGAGUCUAGUGAAGAAGAAGACGGCGACGAUGGCGACGAAGGCGAUGCGAACGACGCAGAGUUGAGUUCGGUGUCUGAGAGUUUGCCUUCUGACGAUGAUGGCGAUGACGACGACAUGUCGGAUGCCAGCGACAAUGACGAGGCCGAGAACGAAGCAGCCCUCGCAAAACUGCGCGAGUCGGCGCUGAAUGCAACGCAAGACAAGCAGAAGAAGCGCAAACGCGCGAACAAGGAGGAGAUUGAGGACGCAUACAUGCGAAAGCUGGCGCAGGAAGAAGAGAAGGAAGAGGAGCAAAGGCAGAAGAAGCGCAAGACCAAGGAGGCUGCCGAGGAUGACGAAGACGAGGACGAGGACGAAGACGACAAGGCAGACAGUGACGCCGACGAGCCCUUUACAGUGCCCAAGCACGAGUCACUCAUGGACACACCCGACGGGGGCGCAGCAGAGGUGGAAAAGGCAGCUCGCACCGUCUUCCUAGCCAACGUAUCCAUCGAGUGCAUCAGCUCAAAGUCGGCAGAAAAGGCCCUGAAGAAGCACCUCGAGUCCUUCAUCCCCGACCUUGCCGACAACAAGCCUCCGCACAAGAUUGAGUCAAUACGAUUCCGCUCUACCGCCUUUGGCAGCUCGCUGCCCAAGCGCGCUGCUUUCGCAAAAAAGGACAUCAUGGACGCAACUACCAAGAGCACAAAUGCCUACGCAGUCUACACAACAAAGGUUGCCGCCAGAGAGGCUGUCAAGAGACUCAAUGGCUCUGUCCUGCUCAAUCGCCAUCUGCACGUCGACUCGGUCGCUCACCCUGCCAAGGUCGACCACCGCCGCUGCGUCUUCGUCGGCAACCUGCCCUUUGUCGAUGACGAAUCCCAGACACCCACUGCCGAAGGCGAGAAACCGAAGAAGAAGAAGCCCGCCUCUGACGUCGAGGAGGGUCUUUGGGUCCACCUUGCCCAGUGCGGUACCAUCGAGAGCGUCCGCGUAGUCCGCGACGCAAAGACUAGGGUGGGCAAGGGCUUCGCCUACGUGCAGUUCGUAGACGAGAACGGCGUCGAGGCCGCGCUGCAACUCAACGACAAGAACUUCCCACCAAUGCUGCCCCGUAAGCUUCGCAUCACACGCUGCAAGGCCGAGAAGAAGAAGGACAAGCCGCGCGGGCCUCCACCGUCAUCGCACAAAGCCAGCGGAAAGGCAGGCUACGCACCCAAGUUGACCGAAGAGCAGAAGUCGCUGCAAGGUCGUGCGCGGUCCAUGCUAGGCAAAGUCGCAAAGGCGCAAACCAAGGAGAGCUUCGUGUUUGAGGGCCACAGGGCGAGUGAGAAGCAGGGCAAGAGCGGCCUCAAGUUCAAAGGCAGCGGAGGCAAGAAGAAGGGCCCCAAUGGACGCAAGAGCAGGAGUGCGGGAUGGAAAAAGUCCGGUGGCAAGAAGUGAAGUGCUUCUUCACAAGGCAUCCGAUGCAUCUGAUGCGUCUCGUCUUCUUUUUCGUCCUGUUUUUCAAUAGAUUGCGCGAUUGCAAUGCAGUCUGCACAAGCCCUCUUUUCAUGUAUAGUGCUUGGAAUCGUGCAUAUGUAGGCUUGGAUAUGCGCAUUGUGGCUGUUGAAUGACGAUAAGACAUUAGUAAA